UCAUUUGCCAACCAAAUUUACAACCUAGUGUUCAAACUUCAAAUGGUUUGCCUUGGCUUGGCUGGCUUUAUAAUCUUCAAAAACCAUUUGACUGAAUAGAAUUAAUUCUGUUUGCUAGCUCGUGAAUGUGGCUGAUGCUAUAAUUUGCUGAGUGCAGGCCAGUAGAGCGAAAUAAAAGUACUCAUAGUCUUUGGUUGAUUUAGCUGGUUUUGUGGGAAAUUUUCUGCGGUGUAAAAUGCCUUUACUCUUCAAGACCUCGGGAGUUUAUGAAUGGAACAGCGUGGACGUCCAGGGACCCGCUGGUCUCCUGCAGCAUGGCAAAAUCAUCAAUGUUGUGGAUAACGGGCUCAUUGUGGAUUUCGGCUGCCGUGGACGGCGUUCGCAGCUUAUAGAGUACGACAAGGUUUUCGAAUGCCUUAAUUCAGCGGGUGAAACCUACGAGAGGGACGUCGAAGCUGAUUUGGAUACUAUUGAGGAGCUGAAAAAGUUAUUACGCAAGCGUGGUACAUCCCAGAUCCAAGUGUUAGCGCGAACCUCUCACGACGAACCAUGGACGUGGUACCCAGCGAAAUUCGCCGUUCGCCAUCUCUUCCAUGACAGCUACGUGGGCAUUACGGUGCAGUGUGGUUCGACGGUCUUCCAGGAGUUCCUUCAGGUCCAUCCAGUCCGCACCGUGCCGUCACCAGGGAACUUGCAGGAGCGAUGUAUUCGGGCAGGUCAGUUUUCUUUGCGAUCCUUCGCGUUGCCGGAGGAAUACUGGAACGCCAACGAAGAUCCCGCAACAACUGCUUUACUGAGUGUUCUACAGGAGAAAUCACCGUCAUGGCAUGUGUUUCCAGUCUGUCUGCUUGGUGAUGCGCUGCUAUAUUUGACGAAGUCGGAUUACGGAAUCCUAAAGCAGGAUGGUUGGGUGCAUUUAUUACAAGACGCGGAAUUGGAUAUCAAACGGCGCCUUUCUGAAGGCUGGACGUUCUUCGGCCUAAGUUGGUUUCCACCGGAUGACUACUCCGACGAAGAGCUGGAGGAUGUGGAGACAGAACAAGAUCCGACUGAUCAAGAAUCCCUGGAUACGUUACCCGUGGAGAUUCUCGAAGGCGUUUUCGAAUUUCUGGACAGCGUCGACCGCGUACUAUACCGACGUGUAUGCUCGCUCUGGAAUGAGGCACUCAGUCAGAAGAGAGCUUCGCGGGAUAUUUGGGUAUCUUAUGCGGUUUGUGGAGCAAGGCCAACUGCCAAGCAGACACCGGCCGUGAUUGGCGCAACUCUCUGGAAAUGCUUUACCGCGGCGACCCAACAGAUCACCAUAGCCAACGCCUACCAAUGCGACGAUGAAAUCGCGCUGGGAGACUGCUUGCGUUUCAUCCGCGCCAUCUGGGACUCGUUGCCGCACACGGCGGGACACAAGCUGCUGGUGGUGGUCGAUCGGUUCGUCUGGAAUAUGGCGCGGGAUUUCGGGUGGGAGAUAUCGAAUAUCGCCGAGCCUUGUGUCAAUGCUGCUUUUGCGAUUGAUCGGAUCAUCUGGAGGGACUGUAAAUUUUCACCACCCUUCCCAUAUAUGUGGGAAGACCGAAUACCGUUCUCUGGCGUCCUUGGUUUGAAACCAGACAAUCAGCGAAAGGGGUUACGCGAUCUGCUGGAGGAAAAUUUACCGGCUGUGCCAGUCAAUCUGGCGGCCCUGAAAGAGUGGAUACGGGAAUCAGCUCAGCAUGAGGAUCACGAAUCCAAAUGUUUGCAUAUUAUAGAGGUGCGUGAGUCAGCGUUAAAAUUCCCACUACGUUUUUCUACAAUCUCGACAAUUCUGUCAGACGAUAGGUUGACUAGUUUUCCUUUUUAUUUUUACAAACGAGAGCGUUGAUUGCCCUAGAUGUUUGUCCGUUACGGUAACCCCGCUCUUGUUGAUUUUGCUGGAUUUACAAUCUGGGAACGAGCAGCGGCAGUUCUUUUGGACACAAGAUGAACUGAGCAGUCUGGAUGUGUCCCAGCUCAACAAAUUAACUGUUAUUGCGCUGAAUCGGCUAAUGAUCGAAACCAAGCGCGGUGAGGAGCGUGCAGCGGAGUACAGCCAGAGGAAAAAGUUGAAAAUGCAAUGACUUAACUAAAUGCACUAAGCUAUCGCGUUUUCGUUGACUUUAGCGGUACUAUUGAUACUUGUAUUUUUCGAUUACUAGAAAAUAGUAAUUACCCAUUCUUUGCAUUUUAAAGCAGUUAUUAGGUAUUCUCAUGGCCUGCCUAAGUUUUCCUGGAGCGAAAUGUUGCUUUGCUUUUUUAACAUUAUUCUGUUCUUAACAGUGCGCAUUUGACUCGGUAUCUUUCUGAUGUUUAUCGCGAGUACCGCUCACUAGUUUAGUUUGUGUUUUGCCGCUAACCAGCCGUACGUCGUAGUUUG